AUGUCUACCGAUUCAGUUACUCCAACCGUGUUAUGGGCACAACGUUCCAACGGUUCAGAUGCAAGCAAGAAUGUUGUUUUGCUAACUGUUCAAAUCACCGAUUAUACUGAUCUUAAGAUUGACUUGCAGCCAACUUAUCUCUCGUUGAAGGCCAAGUCUUCAGCAGCAACCUCGGUUUCUUACGAAUUGAAGAUUGAUUUUUACGAGGAGAUAGACCCAAAGGAGUCGAAAAUCAAUACAGAAAGCGGAAACCACAUUUAUAUGGUUUUGAGAAAGAAGAAAUUGCAAGAAGAGUAUUGGCCAAGGUUGACCAAAGAAAAAUUAAAGUACCACUAUAUCAAGACCGAUUUUGAUAAAUGGGUAGAUGAAGACGAACAGGAUGAAGUCAAGGACGACGCAGACUUGAUGGGUGGAAUGGGUGGAAUGCCAGGUAUGCCUGGUAUGGGUGGAAUGGGUGGUAUGCCAGGUAUGGAUGGCAUGGGCAUGGGCGGUGCCGGUGGAAUGGACUUUUCCCAGUUAUUGAGCGGAAUGGGCGGCGCAGGUGGCGGUGCAGGUGGAACUCCAGAUUUGAAUGCUUUGGCCAGCCAGUUGGGUGCCGCAGGUGGUAACGCAGGUGAUUUAGAUUUCAGCUCUUUGGGUGGCGACUCGAAAGAUGGUGGUGAUGACGACGACAAUGAAGAGAUUGAAGAAAUCGGAAAUACAAGCAAGAAAGAUGAUAAAGAGGAGGUUAUCGAAGAGAUCAAGUAA